ACUAACACACGCUUGAACGUUCGGUAACAACAGACAACUCUCUCUCUCUCUCUCCUCUCUCUCUCUCUAUUACAACACUCGCCGGAGUCGGAGCUUCUCCACCGUCGGUGGUAUGGAUGUGCCGAAACGCCGCUCCAAUCGAACGACGUCUCUGAGGGACGCUUCCGAGUCCUCCAAGAUGGAGGGCACUGGUAGCUGGGACGCCCUAGAGUGGACCAAGAUUGAGUCAUUUUCGCGCCACGUAUCGCCUGCGAAUCUGGAUUUCUUGCUUGAGGCAGAGCGAGUUUUGGCCGAAGAACACGGCAUUGUUCUUGUUAAUACGGAUGAUGCGGGCAUGUUGAUGGUAACAAAUUUUCGUCUUCUUUUUCUGAGUGAGGGAACUAGAAAAGUUAUUGCCCUUGGAACAAUACCACUAGCAACCAUUGAGAAGUUUAACAAAAUUACUGCAAAGGUUCAAUCGAAUGCUCGUCAAUUAGACAAGACACCAACACAACGACUGCUCCAGGUGGUUGGAAAAGACAUGAGAAUUAUAGUCUUUGGUUUCAGGCCUCGUACAAAACAGAGACGUGUUAUAUUUAAUGCACUGCUGAAGUGUACAAAGCCAACCAGACUCUGGGAUCUUUAUGCUUUUACAUCUGGACCUUCUAGGUUUAAGAACACUACUCCACUGGUGCGCUUGUUGGAUGAGUAUUUUCGACUUCUUUGCAAAGGUUCUUAUCGUGCAUCAAUCAAUAUGAUUGAAAGCGGGUCCUUCACCUUGUCAAAUGACUUAUGGAGAAUAAGUAAUGUGAAUUCCAAUUAUACAAUGUGCCAGAGUUAUCCAUUUGCUUUGCUUGUUCCAAAUAUCAUCAGCGAUGACGAAGUGCUCCAGGCUUGUAGCUUCCGUGCAAGAUGUCGAUUGCCUGUAGUUUCAUGGUGUCAUCCUGGUACCGGAGCAGUUCUUGCACGUUCUUCCCAACCCUUAGUUGGUCUCAUGAUGAAUAUGAGGAGCAACAUGGAUGAAAAACUCGUGGCUGCACUUUGCAGCAAACUUGAUGAUGGCUCAAGGAGAAAGCUAUAUAUUGCUGAUGCGAGGCCAAGGAAAAAUGCAUUAGCUAAUGGAGCCAUGGGAGGUGGUUCGGAAUCAUCAUCGAACUAUUUUCAAUCUGAGAUAGUUUUUUUUGGGAUUGAAAACAUCCAUGCAAUGAGAGACAGCUUUGCUCUGCUCCGAGAAUACAUGGACACUCACGGCAGAGCAUCAUCAGAUGGAAUGUCAUCUUUUUUGAGACAUGGUGGGUCGACAUGGGGUGGUGGCAAUUUAAGUAGUAUGUCUGCUUCGGUAUCAACCCUUGGGGACAGUGGAUGGUUACUGCAUGUUCAAAGUGUCUUGGCUGGUGCAGCUUGGAUUGCUGCUCGAGUUGCGAUAGAAAAAGCUUCUGUUCUUGUACAUUGCAGUGAUGGAUGGGACAGGACAAGCCAGUUGGUUUCACUUGCUAAUUUGUUGCUUGAUCCAUAUUAUCGGACAUUCACAGGGUUUCAGGCUCUUGUUGAAAAAGAUUGGCUAGCAUUUGGUCAUCCAUUUUCCGAACGUCUGGGAACGCCAUCUGUCUCUGGAAGUGGCAACAUGCCUUUCGAGUUAUCUAGGCAGUCUUCGACUGGCAAUAUCCCAUCAUCAUCCAUGCGCCAGUCAUCUGGAGCAUUCCCAUCUCAACCUCCGGCUUCAUCUCAUGCACAUUCUUCAAACAACUGCUCUCCCAUUUUUUUGCAGUGGGUUGAUUGUGUUUCACAAUUGUUGCGGAUGUAUCCUUUUGCUUUUGAGUUUUCUGCGGCUUUCCUGGUGGACUUCUUAGAUGGCGUGCUUUCUUGUCGUUUUGGAAACUUCUUAUGUAAUAGUGAGAAGGAGAGGAAGCAAUGCAAUGUUUUUGAAGCUUGUGGAUGUUUGUGGGUAUACUUGGCUGAUUUGAGGACAUCAGGAGUUUCCCAUGUGCAUUAUAAUCCCUUUUUUGAUCCGCUGAAGCACAAUGGUCCUCUUCUGCCCCCAGCAGCAGCGUUAGCCCCAAUUUUAUGGCCCCAAUUCCACCUUCGUUGGGCAUGCCCUGAAGAAGCACAAGCUGGGGAGAUUGAAGCGCAAUGUAGGAAGAUUAUUAUGAAAUUCUCUGAGAUGCAGAAGGCUAAAGAAGCUGCAGAACGGAAAGCUAAAGAAAUUACAAAUGCCAUGGAAUCAUUGAACGCUGAAUUACGACAUGAGAAGCUGCAAAACAGCUCAGCUAUGAACAUUGCCAAGAGGACAAGCAAAGAAAAUAUGGCCAUAAAGCGCGCAAUUCAGUCAAUUGGGUGCAAGGUUCAGUUCUCUGGUAGUGGUGAUUGCACGGUUGACAUUGAAAGCAACCCAGUGGAAGCACCACAAAACUUUUCGUAUUGUUCCCCGAUGAAAGAAUCAGAUUGUACUGUGCGUGAUGACAAAAAGGAUCUAUCUGUUUCAAUAACAGUUACAGCAGAUGAUGAUCAUGGAAACAAUGGCAUUCGUCGAGUAUGUGAAACUCUCUGCCCUUUUCGCUCUGCAGAUGGAGGCUGCAGGUGGCCAAAUGGUGGUUGUGCUCAACUAGGUAGCCAAUUUGUUGGUCUGAAGGCAAAUUUUGAUGCAUUUGACCAAUUAUCAAUUGACGAUAGUUAUUUCAAGUCUGAGUAAACAGGGAAUUUACUUCCUAAAAGACUCCGAUGGUGAACAGUCACAUCAACCAAUUUUGGUUUUCUUUCUGCGAUGAAAUAGUCAAUUCUUUUGAACACUCACCUUGUUAUGAAAAAUGAGGAGAAAUGAUGGAACCUGGCAUUUUUACUGGGUCUCGAGAAAUUGUACAGGCUAUAAGAGUUGGCGGGAGACCAUCUUGAAUGUUGUGUAUUGGGCAGAUACGCAUCAUGGUGGUCCACACUAUUAUAGACACGUGUAUUAUUGUAGAUUUGGUGAUAAUUAUAAUCAGUGUUUACAUUGCAAUUGUGCUUGAAUAGAUCAAUUUUGUAUAGAUUAUCAGGUUUUUCUAAUUGUUACAUUCCUUGAGGGAUCUAUGUACAGCAAUAAUAAUUUGGUGCCAUAUCUUUAUGAGGUAUCCCGAUCUUG